AUGACAGAGCCUCAGGAACUCAAACAUACUGCUAAUAGUGAGUAUGGUACCGGAAUACCUGUUGUUGCCGAGCAAAAGGAUGCUCAAACCGUUUCAAAGCAUAUUGGUAAAGUUAGCUCACCUGUGAUGAAAAAUGAAGGUUCUACCAUGGGUCAACGUCAAAUAUCCAAAUCUGAUGUUGAUCAAUCCAUUAGUCGUGUAGUAAGUCCCACCAGUGGAGUAUCACCUACAAGACAAGUUCCGACGGACUAUCAAUCGAACGCUAAAAAGAUGACGUUCGCUCACAAACCAAUUAGUACUACCUCCCCUGAAGCUCAACAAGCAGCCCAGCAGGUAACACCCGAAAAGCUUUCACAAUUACUUUUGGAGAAAGGUCCCUUGGCAAUUAGGUUCAUUACUAAGGCAUUAUCCAAAGAAAUUCCGAAAUUUGCUGACCUUUCCGCUUCUAAACAGAGACGUUUAAUUACUAGUGCGUUGGAAACUGGUGAUGAGAUUAAUAGCGUAGUUUUUGCCAAAAUCGGUUGGGGUCAAUGGUCAGCAGCAAAAGUAGAAGAUCCAGCAGACUUCGUCAAGCAACGUGAAUUGACGAACAUUGCAAACUCAAAGAUAAAGGACCAGAUGGCAUCAGAAAGAAGGAGGAGCAGUGGUGCAGGGGUUAUGGCACCAACGGCAAUGUCUCCAGUAUAUGGAAAAUAUCUUGUAGAUACAGGUAACAGCAGAAGUGCGAGUAAAAAUACCAUUGGUAAUGCUGACUCUACAGCAGGUGCAGUUGGCACGGCGGCAACAGCUCAAUUACCCCUAAAAGUUGCGAAAGCCGGUUCGGCUGCUACAUCCACUUUCCUCGAUGAAAACGUAAUAGUUUCCGAUGACGAUGAAGAAGAUGAUAACAGAUACUACGAUGAUGAUGAUGAUGAUGAGUUUAACUCCUAUAGACUAAAUCAAGAUGGAUUUAGACGACGCCAGUCAAGCGUAAUAAGCGAUAACAAUUCCCCUCCAAACGAAUUGGAAAUGGCAGUUAGAACAAAAUUAAAGAACGGAUCCAGAAGUGGUUCAAGAAGUAUUCAACGUCAACGACACUCUCAAACUUCCUCCAAUAAGAAAAGGUCUUCGUCUGUGACAAAGCCGUAUAGAUCUUCUUUCGCGUCUCUAACGCAUUCUAACGGUAGCGAAACCCUUUUAUCUGAUCCUUCACUUAGACGGAUCUCAACCCAUUCUGAUCACCGUAACAAGAGCAUGGUACACUUGAGUGGCUCUGAAACUGAAAACGAAUUCAUCAGUCACAUUACUUCUUCCAGAAGAGAGUCUCGUCUCUCAUUUACAAACGAAUCAUCGAUUAGAUCUACCUUGGCGUCUCAUCUCCACAAGCAAAACCACUCACAAGAACAAGAAAACGAUAUACAUUCUGAUACAGACGAAGAAGAUUGGCAAGCAAUUGGAGCGGAAACUCUCCGUGAACACGGUUCUUCUCCAACGUCUGCUAGUCCUCGUGAUCAAGAUGCUGCCAUCGCACUAAUGUCCUUAAAAUCGUAA